AUUUGAAAAUGGCGGAUGUGUCCCUCGAUGAUAUUAUUCGAAAAAAGCGCUUUAACAGGGGAAAUAACAAUAGGCAGAACAAAGGAGGCGGUGGGGCACUGCAGCUUCAAACCAAAAAGAAUCAAAAUCGUGGCAACCCUAUUAAAAUAUCUAAACAGAAGCAGCCUGUCAUAAGAGUCACUGGACUUGGAAAAGUUGGGAAGCCCCAAGUUGGUAAAAAAGGAUUCGAUGCAAGACAGAGACUUGGAAACAAACCUGGAAGUUUCAAUAAUCCGGUUGUAGAUGCAAGGGAAAAACUUCAACAAAAGACAAAAUUUGUUGAUGCUAGAGUUAAAAUUCAGAAUGCAAAAGCUAAAACAACUCCAAACAAGCCAUUAGAUGCCAGAGCCAAGAUUAACAUUGCAAAGGGGAAAAAUGUUCUACUUGAUGCUAGAUCUAAAAUCAAGGCUAAACAGCAGAACAACAGAGAUAACAAUCCCAGUGACAAUGGUCCUAAUGUAAUAGUAACAGGACUAGGAAAUGUUAGGACCUCUGCUGGGGGACUUAUUGUUACUAAGAUGACACCCCCAAAACAGGAAGAAAAUACAGCUUUUACAUCUCCUGGUGAAAGUUUUAUUAAAACGAUUCGCAAUCCCAACAUUCAAGAAAGUCCAACUGGUCUCAUUACCAAAACACUGAAAGGUUUAGGAGAGACAUCUCCAUAUGCGAAUGCAGGACCCACACCGAAUUUCCGCAUCACAUCAGCUAACACUGCUAGACCAUUUGCAUUUGGUGUUCAACAGGUCAACCUUUCAACUGCCAUUCAGGCCUCUCCAGAGCCUAUGCCAUAUAUUUCUAUAAAGAAUGAUAAGUACCAGCCUCCUGUGCAGGAGUAUAUUGAAGAACCAGAAACUGACAUGUCUGCUCUUCUGUUCAGUCGGCCAGUCAGGAAAACUCAAGAAGUUUAUAUACCACAGGUUCAGUUUGACACUAGGGCCCAAGCUGCUCCUGUGAUUCAGCAGAGCAUGUUUGCACGUCCUGGCAUAAAGCGACCAAUAGUUUAUCAGGAAGAUGACUAUGAAGAAGUAGUUCCAACACGGAGGAUGAAAUCUGAUAUUCCAGCUACACAAGUUCGGCAGAGGAUACAGCUGGUUCCGCCCUCAGUAAAACCUAACCCUGUGAGGAGAGUACCUAUAACUGCACCUGAGAAUGAUGUGAUUAGUAAACCAAUAAAAGUAAUGAAUAAAAAGAAAGCUGUUGCUAAGUCUGCAGUUCCCGUGGUGACACCAGAUGAGGUCAUAAGUCCCCUACAGGGAUACAGUGUGAAGGUCACAAAUCUUGACCACAUAGUUACACAAGAGGAUAUUAUGGAACUCUUUGGUGCGUUGGGUCCACUUAAGUUUGCUAAGUUGAUAAAGCGAGGAACUGCUAAUGUAGUGUUUGUACGUAGAGAAGAUGCUCUUACUGCAGUCAAGAAAUAUCACAAUAGGGAACUUGAUGGGAAGCCAAUGCAGGUGACUCUGGUUGCAUCUACACCCCCUAAGCCUGCCCAGUCAUACCCUGCACCUGUAAAGAAAACACCCCAAAGUAUUGAAAGUCCAGGGGUGUCUAAAGAAAGCACUCAGUCUGGUGGGGGUCCUUUAAAGCUUGGUGGAAAGCCCAAGAAGUCAUCUAUGAAGGCACCUGUAGAGCUGGGACUGAUUCAUAAAGCUUUGUUCAAAACACAGCUGAAAGAUGACCCUCCUUCCAAACCUACUUCAUUUACUGUGAAACUCACUGUGUGACAGACAGACCAGGAUAUAUAGGUUUAAUACAAGGAAGACAUGAUCCAGUGUUGAUGGCGUGAACACUGUCGCAUAUAUUUUGCUGUAAAUUCUGUUCAUAAUUCAGUCUGUUAAGUGGAUUGGUGAAAAGAGUGAAUACAAAAGUAUUGUACAUGUAUUUAGGGAACCCUUUUUGCAUGAAAAGUUCUCCCUUUUAAAGCGUCUUAUUAAAAAGUUGGCUGGUGUAGCACAUCAAAAUGAAUUAUGUGUAGAAUUUAUUGCAAAGCUUUGAGAUGACCCCAGUAUUGAUAAGGACAUUGUGUUAGUUAUGUGACUUUGAGAGAUGAUCUCUUACUGCUGAAAAGAGCAUGGUACAAGCAGAAUGUGACUUUGAGAUGACCUCUUAGUGGUGAGGUGGACAUAGUGCAAGAAGAGAUUAUGUGAUUGAGAUAGAGGGAUUGCCUGUACAACAUGGUAUUCAAAAUCACCCUAAUCAGGGAUGGAUUAUACAAAAGUGCACAUAUGAAAUGGAGAAAUCCCUAGUAGCUGGGAUUUAUUGAAGGAAAGACUGAGAUUUUCUGAUUUAUGGCGCAAAAUAGGACUGCAAAUUUUAUUCUCUUCAUUGUUAAAGGACUAGAAUUGCAUAGAUUGAGGUCUUUGGCCAGGCCAGAACAAAAUCUGAGGUAAUAUACAUGUAUUUGCCAUAAAUCAUAAGAGUCUUGGUCUUUGUUACAAUUCUAAUGUGAUAAACAAACCAGACGAACGACUAUUUGCAUUGAUUUACAGUGGUCAAACAUACUCAAUUAUAGACCAGUAAAUCAAUCGUUCUAGUUAUUG